AAACAAAACAAAACAAGAAACUAAUCAUCAUGAAACACCCUCUGUAUCCAACAAAGCAAAAAAGCAAAUUCUAACCACCAAAGCAUUACUUCCCUUAAAUUUACCACUCAUCUUUUCACACCCUAUUUUUCCCAAACCAAAUUUACUACAAUCCCAUAACCAUGAACCAUUUCUUUUCUCUCUUUCUCACUACAACUUCCUCAAUUCUCUUCUUUCUCACACAAAUUUCACUUGUUUUCUCUACUUCAAAUUUUCCUCUUCAGCUCACUUCUCUUUUGUCAUUAAAAUCUUCUUUUCAAGAUCCUAACAAUACAUUUCAAGAUUGGAAUCCAACAACCACUUUCUCAAAUUCUGGUUCACAACCCUUUUGGUGUUCAUGGUCUGGCAUAAAAUGUGACACAAAAACAAGCCAAAUCACAACACUUAAUCUCUCGAAGAGGAAUCUUUCUGGUAAAAUUCCACAAGAUAUUAGAUUCUUGGUACACCUACACCACUUAAAUUUAAGUGGGAAUUCUUUUGAUGGGCCCUUACAGACAAUCAUUUUCCAAUUUCCAUUUCUUAGGUCACUUGACAUUAGUCACAACUCCUUUAAUUCAACAUUUCCACCAGGCAUAACAAAACUCAAGUCUCUCACACACUUAAAUGCCUAUAGCAACAGCUUCACAGGCACUUUGCCUGAAGAAAUUGUUAGCCUUCAAAAUCUUGAGUACCUGAAUCUUGGUGGCAGUUACUUUGCUGGUGAAAUUCCGGUAACUUACGGGAAUUUCACAAAGUUGAAAUUUUUACACCUGGCUGGAAAUUUACUGAGUGGUAAAAUCCCAGUGGAAUUGAGUUUCUUGAACCAACUUGAACAUUUAGAAAUUGGUUACAACAAUUACACUGGCAAUGUACCUGAAGAAUUUUCCUGUCUAUCAAAUUUGACCUAUCUUGAUAUUUCCCAGGCUAAUCUCUCUGGUGAAAUUCCAUUUCAGCUCGGGAAUUUAACGAAUCUUGUAUCUUUAUUCCUUUUCAAGAACCAUUUUAUCGGUACAAUUCCUCCGAGUUUUUCUCAGCUCACAUUGCUGAAAUCACUGGAUUUGUCAGAUAAUCGUCUAUCAGGCACAAUUCCAUUGGGAUUUUCAGAGUUAAAAGAGCUGAAUAUGUUGUAUUUGAUGAACAAUAACUUAACAGGUGAAAUCCCACAAGGCAUUGGUGAGUUACCAAAUCUUGAAUUAUUAUCUCUUUGGAACAAUUCACUUACUGGAAUUUUACCACAAAAGUUAGGGUUAAAUGCAAAGUUACAAAAACUUGAUGUCUCAUCAAACUUUUUGUCUGGUCCAAUUCCACCAAAUCUUUGCCUCAGCAACAACUUAGUUAAACUCAUCCUGUUUUCGAACGAGUUUACUGGUGAGAUUCCUUCAUCCUUAACGAAGUGCAUGGCUUUAUCGAGGCUGAGGAUUCAAGACAAUAGACUCAACGGAUCAAUUCCGUUAGGGUUCGGGUUUUUGCCAAAUUUCACUUACAUGGACAUCAGCAAGAACAAAAUUUCGGGUCCAAUUCCAAAAGAUUUUGGAUACGCCGUGAAAAUGCAGUACUUGAACAUUUCGGAGAAUUUAUUUGGUUGUGAUUUGCCUGAAAAUAUAUGGAAUGCCCCAAGCUUGCAGAUAUUUUCAGCAAGUUAUAGUGGCCUCGUUGGAAAGCUACCCGAUUUCAAAGGGUGUCAAAAUUUAUACAAAAUCGAGCUCGAAGGAAACAAUCUCAAUGAUAGUAUUCCGUGGGACAUCGAACACUGUGAAAAGCUUAUUUCGUUGAAUUUUAGACGAAAUUCGCUUACAGGAAUUAUUCCCUGGGAAAUAUCCGCGAUUCGUUCCAUAACAGACGUUGAUUUGUCGCAUAAUUUUCUCACGGGGUCAAUUCCUUCAGCUUUCGAAAAGUCUAGCACGUUGGAACAUUUCAAUGUGUCGUAUAAUCAGCUCACCGGUCCAUUGCCUUCGUCGGGGUCCAUAUUUUCAACAUUCCAUCCAUCGUCCUUUAUAGGAAACCAAGGCCUUUGUGGUACUAUCAUACACAACCCGUGUAGGACGGAUGGACUCAAAGACGGGAAAGUAGAUUUCUCGAACCACUCCAAGAAAACAAAUGGUGCAUUAAUAGUAUGGAUCACGUCUGCAGCAUUCGGAGUAGUACUAUUCAUCCUCAUCGUGGCCAUUCGAUGUUUCCACUUGAAUUAUAGCCGAAGAUUCCCGUGUGACAAGGAAAACGGACCGUGGAAGUUAACAGCAUUCAAAAGGUUAAAUUUCACGGCGGAUGAUGUCCUGGAAAGCAUAACAACCACAGACAAGAUCAUCGGAAUGGGGUCUGCAGGUACGGUGUACAAGGCGGAAAUGCCAAGUGCCGAGAUCAUAGCAGUGAAGAAGCUAUGGGCCGGGAAGCAACAAAAGGAGACAACAAGGAAAAGACGUGGCGUAUUGGCAGAGGUUGAUGUAUUAGGCAACGUAAGGCAUAGGAACAUUGUGAGAUUACUAGGUUGUUGUAGUAACAACGAAUGUACCAUGUUGUUGUAUGAGUACAUGCCUAAUGGAAGCCUCGAUGACUUGUUACAUAACAAGAACAAAGAUGCAAAUUUGGUGGCUGAUUGGUUUACUAGGUACAAAAUUGCACUAGGGGUGGCACAAGGAAUUUGUUAUCUUCAUCAUGAUUGUGACCCUGUCAUUGUUCAUCGUGACCUAAAACCUAGCAACAUUCUUUUGGAUGGUGAAAUGGAAGCUAGGGUUGCUGAUUUUGGGGUUGCUAAAUUGAUCGAGUGUGACGAAUCCAUGUCCGUGAUUGCUGGAUCUUAUGGCUACAUUGCACCCGAAUAUGCAUAUACAUUGCAAGUGGAUGAGAAGAGUGACAUCUAUAGCUACGGGGUGGUGCUUAUGGAAAUUUUGUCAGGGAAAAGAUCGGUAGAUUCAGAAUUUGGCGAUGGACAUAGCAUUGUAGACUGGGUGAGGUCCAAGAUGAAGACCAAAAAUAAUAUAAACGACGUGUUAGAUAAAAAUGUUGGUGCAUCGUGUCCUCGGGUGAGAGAGGAAAUGAUGUUGAUGCUCAGGGUGGCGUUACUCUGUACUAGCCGGAACCCGGCUGACCGGCCUUCGAUGAGGGAUGUUGUGUCCAUGUUGCAAGAGGCCAAGCCCAAGAGGAAGUUGACAGGAAGUGGUGGUGACAAUAAUGCAGUUGGUGCUAUUUCUUUGGCACAAAAGGCCAAUGUGGAGUGUUAAUAUGAUUGGAGAUUUUGGGGGGUUUUGUUUUUCUUUUGUCCUUUUUAUUUCUCUUCAAAUUGUGGGGGAUUGGUAUAGGAUAAGUUGAUAGUUGCUUUAAAACUUUAACGAUUGGAAAUUCAGGUGUUCUGGUUUUUGAGUGAUCA